AUGGCGAACCUCUUAGACCUUCCAAAUGAGAUUGUUCUACUCAUCGUCGACUAUUUGCAAGCAGGCAUUCAGCAAGAGAAAGUCCAAGUGCCGUUCUAUAGGCUCGCGGACGCCCACCGUUACGCCAUCGACCAUGAUCCACCACGUAUAAUUGGAUACCUGCGCUCCUUGAUACUCCUUUGCCGUCGUUUUCAUGCCCUUCUAACGCCAAUAUUAUACCGUGACAUCCUGGUCCGCGACUACGCUUUCGGUGGAGCGAGAAGACCGCGAGACCAGCUCAAUCAGACCCUCGAGCAGAAUCCGGUUCUCGAUGAACAUAUCAAUUCGGCGUUCAUUUCAUGUGCAGGCCCCCAUGAUGGUGACUCGAUCUAUCCCCUCGUUCCCUUCUUCUGGUACGCCAGUAUGCACUCACUCACCAUUCACCAAUUCAAUGACUGGGUGCCCCUGGAAUUUGACGAUGAUUCGCACGUUGGUACCUCACCUGUGGAAUAUCUAAGACUCAUUGACUGUGGAGCGCAAGAAGAGGCUCUUGCAUCUGUAUUGAGCUGGCCAGCGGCUUUGAAAUACCUUCUUUACGAUGUCGAGCAAGGCGAGUGGUUCGGGCAUGUCGGGGAUGAACCUGCCAAAGAGUGGACGGCUGCUGCUUUUGUCUCAGGCAAUGGGCCUCGUAUCAACCUCAGCGAGUUCACGGCCUUGAAAACCCUUCGGAUUUAUCAUGUCUUUCUCUGCGGAUGGGAUGAUCGUGUCGGGGUUUGGAGAGACUUGCCGCCCAAUUUGGAGGUGCUGGAGGUAUUCUACGACGAUACAGACCUCACGGGAUUCCAGAAUGAGUAUGACCCUGAUCGAUAUGAUACCUUUCUUCCUGAUUUGAUCAGGCAUAAGAGGACACAUCUUCCGCGUCUACAUACGGUGACAAUUUAUUCACCCGAGAGACCCGAUGCUUUUGACGAUGAGGGCCAAGAUGAACAAGAAGAUCUACCGAGCCUCUGGGAGCUGCCACCUUUGCUAGCGUCUGAAACUGAGGCCGCUGGGAUAACGUUGAAAGUUUGGCUGGGAGUUGACGAUUUGACGAAUUGGGACAGCACUGAAAUUUUCUGGUCUCUGACAGACUGA